AGGCGAUGAAACUGGAUGAUUCAAGUAGGAAUUGUAACAACAAUAGAUAAUGCGUGAAGACUUAGAAGUAUUUACAAGAUUUGCACCGCUCCUAUGACAACAUGGUGUCAAUUACUUGGACUGCGAGUAUGGUAUGCGCAUUCUUGCAUACACCACGGAUUAGAUAUACCGCAGAACAUACCUAUCAUUACUGUCGACCAACUUAUCUUUCUGGCUAUGUUCGCAGUCAUUGUCGAGUGCACUACUCUAGUGACAGUCUCAGCACAUGUGAUUACCAAUUGAUCAGUUGUAAACUAAGCAACAUUCGCAAGCAUCCAACGAGAAGGAAAAAGAACGGAGAAAUUAAAUACACGGCACCGCAAGAUAUUUCUGUCCAUAGAACACCCAAAGGGUUGCCCUCCCGUAAUAGCGACGUGCGUACAGAUCGACCUAAGAAUGCCACUUCGAUUGUACAGGCCGUCUUGUCUAAAGCAAAAAAAUCUCACAGUCGCAAGUCGCCGACCAAGCUGUCAGCAGGUCAGGCUAAUAGGUUGGUUAUAUCAAGGGUUAACCCUGGACAUAUGAAUUUUUUAGAGGCAGAUAUGCAUCUGAGGAAUCGCACGUUAGCGGCACGUGAUUGUAUUAAGGCGAUACAGACGUUUCGAACGAGUAGAAACCCUCAGUUGUGCUACGAAGUGGUUACUUUCGCGACGGAGAGUGGGUAUGAAUUAGAUGCUGAAUGCUAUGUAGAGACGAUAGAAGCCUUGGCUGAAGUUGGCCGUUGGAAACAAAUAAUGAAGUUGCUGGGUGUUGUGAAACGUCACCAAAGGACUGUUACUCACUGCAUGUACAAUAAUGCCAUCGCAGCUUUUAUAUCUGAAAAGCAACUGUUCAUAGCCUUGGAAGUAAUGCGAGAUCUGAAGUCAUAUGAACAGGGAAGAUCAAGAUCUAGUGAUGUCCAGCUAAACGUUGCGCAUUACAACCAAGCGAUUGCGAUUGCGCUAGACGAGAACAAACUUACCGAGGCAUUAGCUUUCGUUAAUUCCAUGGAGACUAACAGCGUUGCUCCUUCGCAGGAGUCAUGGGGUAUACUGGUGGCUGCGCUUUGUGUCAUUCCUGAAACCUUACCUCGGGCGUUACGAUAUUUUGAUCAUAUGACUUCGCUAAAGGUUGCUCCUCAGCUUCCUUUUCGCGUAUACGAUACUCUUUUAGUCGCUUGUGCAAGAGCGGAAUACGAUGAGCGAGUAUUGAGCAUGUACUCCGCAGCAAACAAAUACGGAAAUGACUCUGGAAGGAACAAAUUAAGUUUCACGGCGUUCGAUGGUGUGAUCUCAGCAUAUGCGCGGACUAAACAAUUGAAGGGUGCGUAUCAAGCACUGGAAGCCAUGUUGUCAGAACAUGGUGGUUACAAGUGUAAUCGAACUUGUAAGGUGGUGCUCCAGUUGUGUGUCAGUGAAGGACAGUGGGGUACUGUCCAAACCAUCUUCACACUCAUGGACGACAGAGGUGUGUCAGCAGAUUCUCUGCUGUACAAUUCUAUGAUAGUUGCGCUGUCAAACAGCAUACAAACAGGCUUUCAGGAGAACGAAAAGCUUGUUAUCAAGGCCCGGCUCGAUUGGAUCCUGAACGCCGCGCGAACGAGGGGGAUUAAGUUUUCAAACCAUACUUAUACAACCACUAUAAAAGCGUUGGGUGAUCUCGGGGACUGGAAGAGAUCAGUUGAAAUGUUUCGUUCGUUGCAAGAAGGCUUUGUGGCCAGAAACGAGUCGGGCCAGAUAUCAUUGCAAGUGGCGUACAAGAGUGUCAUUGAAAUUGCUGGGCGCUCAGGACAGGAUGAUUUGCGAGAUGAGUUGUACCUGCAGAUGGUGAGAGAUUGUAACUUGUUGGAAAAAUAUUGGGGCAAGUUUUUCACGGAGGGGCUGGUCGACCUACAUUUCCACACUGUGUAUAUGGCCCAGGCUGCAGUCAAAUUGGCUUUAGUUGCGCAGCUAAGUUGCCGGAAGGCAAGUAAAAACUCUCCACAAACUGUAGAGAUAGAAAGUGGGACCACCGAUGACAUUGAUAUGGGUGCCAGUACUACAUGGGAGCAUACGCGUGAUAGAUGCGAUUGUCACUCGGAAAUGAGAGAUAUUUUGGCGUUGUUAGGUGACAAUACAAUACAAAGUGCGAUGAACUUUUCUGCUGUAUUGCCUCCGAAAUUUAUGGUUGGCCAUGGGCGUAACAGCGGAGAACGCGGCCCACAAUUGAAGUGCGCUGUAGAGAAUCUACUCAAGGAGGCUGAUCCUCCUAUUCGAACCACAUUCGAGAAGACAUACGCUACAUUAAUUUUAAACCAAGGAGACCUUCACAGGUGGUUGAUGACUCGAACCAAAUAGAUUUAAUUAACUGGAGCAUUGAUUUUCUCUGCAAGGACUCAGGCUCACUUGCAUGGCUCCAACACAGUACUACAACUAACUGUAUUUAUAGCCGAGUAUUUUCUCGCCCAUUCAAAUUGUAUGAUUCAAUUCUCGGCUAGUAUGUUGCUAUCAGCAAAAUCACU